UCAACAUCCAGCAGCUGGUGCUGGCGCGCCGGCUGUGUCGCCAGUCAGAGGCAGAGGACCCGACCAUCUGAAGCGGGGUGGGGGUAGUCUGCUAAGCCGCUUACAGCAAACGGGCCCACGGUUGAAUUGAUGCAAAGAAUGAACGGCUUCAUCACAACAGAAAAACAUGGCUGAUAAGAUGCGUCGUUGUUCGGUACUGGCAUCGACAUAACUGGAUCAGACCUGCUGAAGGAAUGUUCACCCUCACAGAAGUAGCCUCCCUGAACGACAUCCAGCCAACAUAUCGAAUACUGAAACCAUGGUGGGAUGUCUUCAUGGAUUAUCUUGGCAUUGUCAUGCUGAUGUUGGCAAUAUUUGCUGGAACUAUGCAGUUAACCAAGGACCAAGUGGUUUGUCUCCCUGUGCUGGAGCAAACUCCAGACAAGGCCGGGGGCUUCUUGGCACCCCAACCCCCAGAGGCAGCUGAUGGUUUAUGGAACAGAGAGAGCGCCAUCGGGGAGCAAGCCGCUCCACUGAUGGCUAAAAGGCCUCCUGAUAGCAUUGCCCCCACAAUUCAAAUCACACCGCCAGCCACUUUUAGGCAACCUCCCCCCACGGGUGUCAGAACCAAGUUGGAUUUCCAGCAGUAUGUUUUUGUCAACCAGAUGUGCUACCAUGUAGCCCUUCCUUGGUACUCCAAAUAUUUCCCAUACCUUGCUCUAAUCCAUACUAUUGUAUUAAUGGUCAGUAGCAACUUCUGGUUCAAAUACCCAAAGACAAGUUCAAAAAUAGAGCAUUUUGUUUCAAUCCUUGGAAAAUGUUUCGAAUCACCUUGGACCACUAAAGCAUUGUCUGAGACUGCGUGUGAGGACUCAGAGGAGAACAAGCAGAGGCUGGCUGGGGCCUCCUCCCUUCUGAAACAUCUGUCCACAAGCAGCGAGGAGGGGAGUCCAAACCAGUCCGCCCCAAUGCUGACUAAAUCCGGGGUCACCUUUUCUGCAGAGAAGCUUGUGAGUGAAGUUCCCUGCAUGACCAUACUGGACAAGAAAGAUGGCGAGCAAGCAAAGGCCCUGUUUGAAAAAGUCCGGAAAUUCCGUGCUCAUGUGGAGGACAGUGACUUGAUUUACAGGCUAUAUGCCAUUCAGACAGUCAUCAAAACAGUGAAAUUCAUUUUGAUCCUUUGCUACACAAUGACAUUUGUCGCCUCUAUAGAUUUUGACCACGUAUGUGAGCCUGAAAUAAAGCAUUUGACUGGAUAUACUAAGUUCCAAUGUACACACAACAUGGCAUUCAUGCUAAAGAAACUGCUUGUCAGCUAUAUUGCUAUCAUAUGUGUUUAUGGCGUAAUCUGUAUAUACACGCUGUUCUGGCUUUUUCGGCGACCACUUAAGGAGUAUUCCUUUGAAAAAGUCAGAGAGGAGAGCAGCUUCAGUGACAUUCCUGAUGUUAAGAAUGACUUUGCUUUCCUCCUUCACAUGGUCGAUCAGUAUGACCAGCUGUACUCAAAGCGUUUUGGUGUUUUUCUCUCUGAGGUGAGUGAAAACAAACUUCGAGAGAUCAGCCUGAACCAUGAGUGGACCUUCGAGAAGCUGCGGCAGCAUGUGACUCGCAACCCUCAAGACAAGUUGGAACUUCAUCUUUUCAUGCUAUCUGGAGUGCCGGAUGCUGUGUUUGAUCUCACAGAUUUGGAAAUCCUUAAACUAGAAUUAAUUCCAGAGGCUAGGAUUACGGCUAAAAUUUCACAAAUGGUAAACCUCCAGGAGCUGCACUUGUAUCACUGCCCGGCCAAAGUUGAACAGACUGCUUUCAUUUUUCUUCAGGAUCACCUCCGAUGCCUUCACGUCAAAUUCACAGAUGUUGCUGAGAUCCCUAGCUGGGUAUACUUGUUGAAAAGUUUAAGGGAGCUGUACUUAGUUGGUAAUCUGAACUCUGAAAACAACAAAAUGAUCGGACUCGAGUCUCUCCGAGACCUCAGACACUUAAAAAUUCUGCACCUCAAAAGCAACCUCACAAAGAUUCCCACAAACAUAACAGAUCUGUCUCCGCAUCUCAUCAAGUUGGUAGUUCAUAAUGACGGUACAAAACUCUUAGUGCUGAAUAGUCUCAAGAAAAUGAUGAAUCUUGCAGAGCUGGAGCUUCAUAACUGUGAGUUGGAGCGAAUCCCCCACGCUAUCUUCAGUUUGACCAACCUUCAGGAACUUGAUCUAAAAUCCAAUCACAUUCGUACCAUUGAAGAGAUCAUCAGCUUCCAGCACCUCAAAAGACUGACGUGCCUCAAACUUUGGCACAAUAAGAUCAUCUCCAUUCCAUUGUCAAUUAGCCACGUCAAAAACCUUGAGUCACUCUAUCUCUCACACAACAAACUCGAGUCUCUGCCCUCGUCAUUAUUCAACCUUCUGAAGUUGAGGUACCUUGACGUUAGCCAUAACUCUGUAGCAGUAAUACCUCUGGAAGUGGGCUUUUUGCAGAACCUCCAACAUUUUGCAAUUGCGGGCAACAAAGUCGAGGUAGUUCCCAAGCAACUGUUCAAGUGCAACAAACUGAGGACAUUAUGUCUCAGCCACAACUGCAUCUCCUCCAUUCCAGAGAAAAUUGGCCAACUAGCACAGCUGACGCAUCUGGAACUGAAAGGGAACUGCCUGGAUCGUCUCCCAGCUCAGCUCGGUCAGUGUAGCCUCAUCCGCAGAAGCUGCCUGAUUGUGGAGGAUCACCUCUUUGACUCGCUCCCCAUGGAGGUCAAAGAGAGCAUCAAUCAGGAAUCCAGUGUUUCUUUUGCAAAUGGAUGCAAGUGUUUAAGUGACGGACGGUAG